GGGGACCCAGCGGCCCGCAAGCCCGCCCGUGGCUGCGCCCGGGUCCUGGUGGCCUCUUGCGGGGUUUGCGUAGACGAUGCUGAGCAACACAGAGCUUUCGCGGAAGAGCGUGGACUUGACUGAGAGGCAGCCCCGGGGCCUGGGACACUGCAGACACUUCUUCUGGCUGGGCGUCGCCUUCGACGCGGUGGGCGUGUCAGUGCUCUUCACUGGCGUCUUCGCUAACCUGCUGUUCUACGACAUGUUGCUCUAUCUGGGUUCCAUCAUCAUUUUCGUCAGCCUUCUGUGGUGGAUCUUCUGGUACACCGGCAACAUCGAGGCGCUCCCGGAUGACCCCACGAGGAUGAUCUCGCCUCACGCGGGCGAGGUCGAGAUGCUCCGCUCCGGCAGCCGUCGCUUCUCGCUGAGCCUCAGGAGCGUCUCCAACACCUUCCAGCUGAUCCACCGACGGCGGCGGCGGCGGCUCCUCCCGAGGGUCCUCCAGAGGAUCAGUAUCCUCAGCUCGACCGACACGGGCCCCCUGGAAGAGAACAGCGAUGCCGGGACCAAAGAUGGCAGAAAUUGGCUCCAUCCGGUGAAUCCUGUGUCUGUCUUGGACCAGCUACAGAUCUGCUCGAUCCAGGCCUCUAGGAGCCUGCCUCUGGUCACUUUGCACCCUCCUCCCUCCGUUUGUACUUCCAGCAGUCAGCCUGUCUUUUCGGUGACGUCUCAGUGCUACCCUCUGGAGUCUGGCACUUCCGGCAGCUUCUCCCAGAUGGGGGUGUACUCUGACAGCCAUAUGCCUGUGGACCCCGACCCCCAGAGGAGCUCCAAGAUCGGCGUGGCCUCUCGGGUCUACCCUCUGAAACCAGAAGAUAGUCAGAGCCACCUCCUGGUGCCUAUCUCCUUUGAACGUUUACCUGUGGCCCCCAUGACCUCUCAGAGGCAAAUGCAGGGCUCUGUAUCCCCCGAGAGCCAUGCUCCUGUGGACCCCGACCCACAGAGACGCUCCAAGAUCAGUGUGGCCUCUCGGGUCUACCCUCUGGAACGAGUAGACAGUCAGAGCAAACUCCUGGUGCCUAUCUCCUGUGAACGUUUACCUGUGGCCCCCGUGACCUUUCAGAGCCAAAUCCAGGACUCUGUAUCCCCUGAGAGCCAUGUUCCUGUGGACCCCUACCCACAGAGACGCUCCAAGAUCAGUGUGGCCUCUCGGGUCUACCCUCUGGAACGAGUAGACAGUCAGAGCAAACUCCUGGUGCCUAUCUCCUCUGAAAGUUUACCCGUGGUCCCCGUGACCUCUCAGAGCCAAAUGCAGGACUCUCUAGCCCAAGAAAGCCAGUCCCAGAAUCCUUCUCCUGCCUCUUAAACACAGCCUGAGUUUGUUAAAGUUUCAGAGAGCCAUACUUUGGCCAUGAAGGCUCCUGUGGUGCCAAUGGGGUCUGCCCAGAACUCCCAGGCCUCUUUAGGCCAGACUUGUCAAAGUCGCUCUUCAGGUCCCCACGUGGUUCCUAAAAACUCAAGCGCUGACACUAUUGAGACUUUCCCAGCAACUAGCUAGAAACUAUCUCAGGAGCAGCCUGACCCUUCACUGCCUGUGUCUGAGGCCACACAUUCAGACAGGCAGUGUGACCCUACCGACAACUUUCCAGCCUCAAGGGGAGCGAGGAAAAGUCACCCUUUCUAAUAGGAAUCAGAUCUCAGCCGUUUAAAUGUCUACUAAGGCCUUUGCCAAGAAAGUGCCUUGGAGGGAAAAUUACCAACAUUACCCUUUUAUUGUCAGUGUUCUUUCUAGUGGCUUUCUUAACCCUUGUAGGGGAACAAAGUGGCCUUGGCAUUCAGGGAUUAGCCACUUUGAGAGUUGGUAGACUUUAGAAACUACUUUUCUGAGCCCACAAAGCCUAAGGCUUUGAUUACUUGUCAGACAAGGAAAUCUGUUCUUUUGUUUAAGGUUAGAGGAGGAGACCUUAGGAGGCUCUAAGGUCUGGAGGGAGGUGGAAGACUUGGAUUCUGCAAGAUUUCUCCUGGAAGAAGACAAGUUCAGUUUUUACAGGGACAUAUCAUUAAAUGACAUUAAAUCUUAGGUGGGGAGUUAUUCCUUUUGAUUACAUUUGAAUUUUGUCAAAGAGGCUUUAUUUUGUUUGGAGAGAGUGCUCACUAAUACCCUUCUAAAGCUACAGUAGGCAAAAAUUAUACGCAGCUGGAAUUUAAUAAUCUUCAUAGUCAUACACGUUUCAGUUAGCGACUUCUAUUUAAUGCCAAGUGAUAGUAAUUUCCUGCUUACAACAGUGAUAAUUGCUAUUUAAAUACCUUAUCUAAAUAAAACACUUUGCACAAUGUAAAAUUAAGCUUUGAAUAUAUAAGAAAAGUCAGGUGAUUCUAAAGUGGAAAGGUUGGACCUGAGUUUACUUUCUCUCCUCCCCUUUCUCCUCCUUCUCUUUCUUUCUUUGUGUUUUGUUGCUGCUGUCCUGGAACUCGCUCUGUAGACCAGGCUGGCCUCAAACUCACAGAGAUCCACCUGCCUGUAUCUCCCAAGCGCUGGGAUGAAAGGCGUGCGCCACUACUGCCCGGCUUUAAAAAAAUUUUAAGUGGGGUGUGGACGCUAUUGGAAUGACUUAGUGACAGUGCGCUGGUCUAGGAUGCCCGUGUUUCUAGGCUGAAGCUUCUAUGUAUUGUCCCCCACAAUAAUAAAAGAGACGGGGCUGGGGAUGAA